CCCAGGGCUAUCAUGAUUGAGUUGGUAGCAGAGCUGACGGGCCCCGUGUUUCUGGCGGGGGAGGCACUGGAGUGUGUGGUGACUGUCACAAACCUAUCGCCCACGGCCACCUCUGCAUCCAGUGAAGCAUUGGCCUGGGCCAGUGCCCAAAUACACUGCCAGUUCCAUGCCAGUGAGAGCCGUGUGGCACUGCCCCCCCCAGACUCCAGCCAGCCAGAUGUCCAGCCUGAGAGCCAGACUGUGUUCUUGCCACACCGAGGUGAGCGGGGUCAAUGCAUCCUAUCUACUCCUCCAAAGAUUCUGUUCUGUGACUUGAGGCUAGACCCUGGAGAGUCCAAAUCCUAUUCCUACAGUGAAGCUCCUGUGGAAGGGCCAACCAUCUUUUCGGGUCAGUCUGUCAAGUAAGUCUACAAGUUGAAUGGCUGCCAGCGGGUCAACUGCCCCAUCACUUUGCUUAGGGUGCCACUGAGGGUGCUUGUGUUGACAGGCUUCCAAGAUGCCCUAUUCCCCCAGGAUGAGGCUGUGGCUCCAUCCAGCCCAUUCCUGGAAGAAGAAGAAGUAGGUAGAAAGGAUUCAAGACUAGCAGAAUUGGCAGGAGAGUUCCUCAUGGCUGCCACAUCCCGCCGCAGUUUGUAUCUAUACAAUAUCAGUGACGGUCGAGGGAAGGUUGGGACCUUUGGAAUCUUUAAGUCCGUGUACAGACUUGGAGAGGACGUGAUAGGGACCCUGAAUCUGGGGGAAGGGACUGUACCCUGUUUGCAGUUCUCAGUAAGUCUACAGACAGAAGAGACUGUCCAGCCUGAAUACCAGCGGCGCCGGGGGGCAAGUGGGGCUCCAUCUGUGUCUCAUGUGACUCAUGCCCGACACCAGGAAUCCUGUCUACACACCACCAGAACUAGCUUCUCUCUUCCCAUUCCACUAAGCUCUACCCCAGGUUUCUGUACAGCCAUUGUGUCCUUGAAGUGGCGGCUACACUUUGAAUUUGUGACAUCUCGGGAACCUGGCUUGGCACUGCUUCCUCCCAUAGAGCAGCCUGAGCCUGUGGUUUGGACAGGACCUGAACAAGUGCCUGUGGACACCUUCAGCUGGGACCUCCCCAUCAAGGUGCUGCCCACGAGCCCCACGCUGGUCUCCUACGCUGCUCCGGGCCGUGCCAGCACCGUCACCAUCUGAUCUGGGCCCCAGUUACCCUUUGUGACACUGCUGUGCCUGGACACAGCAUGAAGACAGACUCCCAGCAUGGCCCUCCCCUUCCUUUCUGGGCUGUAUGAGUCUGAGAAGGGACUCCAGGGGCAGGCAUUUGGCUGUCCGUUAAUUUAUUUAUUUAGAAUAAAUUCACAGCUGCUAGUGGUUUCCCUGGAGGUGGCAGCAGCCGCAGUGGGCAGGCAGGCAGCAAGUGGAAUGGUCAGUGGAACCUAACUGGGACGUGGUCCUGGGGCCCCAGAGUCAGGGGUAUUGGCUGAGCCCCAUUCAGGGUCAGGGGGCCUCCCCUGCAGGGUAGGUGAGGGUCAGAUUUUUGCACCAGGGAGAUGUGGCAGGUCCCUUCCUCCCCGUCGUACCUCACACCCAGCUGGGAAGUCGAUGGGAUGCUGGGACCUAGUAUGAACAAAUGGGUAAGGAAAUUGGUACACCGAGGUGCCACUUCUCCCCAGCAGCCCAGCCUCCAGUCAAACCAUUCUAUUCCAGGUGCCCUUUGUUUUUUAAAGCAAGAAUUUUUAAAGCACUUGUCUUCCACCCUGGACAUUCUCCUGUUCUGUAAUUCCUUCCUUUCCCUGUCCCAAUACAACAUAUUCUUCUUUUCCCCAUGCCUUAAUCCCUUUUGUCACAGCUAGUUAAUCUUUCGUCAUCCCUAGUCGUUUCCUUCUUCCCAUACCUCCUCAUUCCAGUCAGAUACAUCAUAGCAACCCUAAUCACUUACAUAUCGCAGCAGCCCACACCGACGGGGUGUAGGGCAGGUGCAGUGGAAACAGUCGCUUCGGAGCCAGGAUUCACCCAGGGUAAAAUGCUUCCCCUCAUAGUGACAGGGAGCUGAGGAGGAAGGAGGAAAGUUAUCAGGGCUGCCAUGGCUGAUGAGAUGAGAAGGGCUUUGGCUUGAAGGGGCAGGAGAAAUAACACUACUCUGUAAUUGUUGGGGGUGGGGGGAGGGAGGAGUUGUAUCAAGGCCACAGGGGGAUUUGUAAAUCCACAUCUACCCUGGGCUAGAAGAGGGGUGGGGAAAAAGGGAAAGGGGGCAUCCGUCCGUAAAUAAGAGGGAAGUAUACUUGUGGUAAGGAUGGGGCACAGAUCUCCCCUAAAUCCCCCCCCUCACCCCUGUUUUCCUCUUCCCCUCCUCUUCCCUCUCCCAUCCUCUUUACCUUGAGCUUGGAAGUAGCACUUGCUGUGAGCUCCUUGCAGUUGCAAGAGUAGUGAAAUCACCAAACAAAUGGUUCCCCAGCUUCUUGGGGUCCCCCUAGUCCUCCCAGCCCACUGCCUCAGUGCCAUUUCUGCAGGGCUAGCUUUCACAGACGCUGCUUUACUCUCAGAACCUCUGUCUUGUCUCCUCUCCUUCUCUGUCUCCCCUUUUAGUCUGUCUCCCCAGGGCUCUUGUCUCUCACCAUUCUAUGCCCUCUGCUCUUGCAGGCAUGGGGAUGUUUAUAAAGUGAGGACCCUGGCCCCCUGCUGAGGAGAGCUGAAAAGCUGUAACUCGGUGUUUCCUGGGGUGAGGGCAUGAAAACAAGAGGUCCAGCUUUAACAGCUGUGAGAGCUGAUUCAUGUCCCAGCACAGCUUGGAGGGGUGGGGGUUGGUGGACAUGGAAGGGGCACUGGAUGGGCACUUCCCCAGUGGAGAAGUGGGAGGGGUGGUGGACUGCUAGGUGGUCCCCAGAUCUCUUCCCUGACCUAGGGAGGAGGGAGCAUUUUUUCCUCUUUUCUCUUCCCUCCUUCCCCCAUAGUGGGAGGGUGUAGGGUAUUGGGAUUCCUGCCUGGACCGGAGGGAGGCAUAAUCCUGGGGACGGUUAGUUCUGUGUCCCAGCCAAACCAAGGAGCUGCAGUGGGGCACGACGGCCAGAGGCUCCAGGAAAGGGAACUAACAUUGCUGUUGCCACCUGGAGGGAAGAGAGGUCCCCCCACAUCCCGAGAGUGCUCUGAGACUGCCCCAGAGAUGGGGCUGCCACCUCGGGUGGAGCUUUCAUCCUCUACAUAGCCCUCAUUCUCCCCCCCCCCCAUGAGGCUCUCCCUCCCCCACCUUAAAUCUGCUAUAGACGGAGUGACUUUCCCUUCACAGGUGGAAUCUUCACACACAGGUGAAGGCUCUCAAUUGUCCUGAGAUGGGUCAGAGGUUUUCCCUCUGAGGUAGGGGAUACCUAUAAUAUCCCAGAGAUGUGUUUCUCCCAUCCAGAUGUUCCAAAGAUGUCCCUCCCUAUCCACAUAAGGAAGCCGCCCUUCCAAGCUUCCUGGUAGAAAUUGUACUAAGCUAGUAUGGACAAAUGUGCUGAACGUGGACAGAACAGGCCCCUUCAUACCAACUAGGCUGGGCUAGAAAUGGAGAUCUUGGGAAGAAGGGAAGCAAAGCCGAAGAUGGCCUUUGUCCUGGUGUUCUGCAUGUGCCUUAUUAAGCCUCCCAGAAGCCUUGUGCUCAAGCUACAAGAGGUAGUCACCAACAAGACUUGCUAGAGCCUUGGUAUGUUAUGUAAUGGAUACUGCUUAUAAGUGAGAUCUCAGUUUUAGUGUUGUUACUACCUUCCUGUCUUUAGAACAGAAGGGGCUAUGGCACCUAGCCAUUCCUUUGGUUCCAGCUCUCUUCUGGUAGACUGCCCUCUUGUGCAUUAUGUUACUCAUUACUUCAUAUUGCUCCUAUCACAUGUUUCCUCCAUCCCAUGUCUCUGUGUCUGCCCCUCAUCUGUGUGCUAUCACAGGAUUCCUUAAGGUGGUAGUGGAUGGCAACUGUUGUUUAAGGGGAAGAGCACUGAAUUUGGAGGCAGAAGAUUUUGAUUUUGAAUGCUAGUGGUGUGACCCACGGACCUCCCCUGGACCUCGGUUGCCUCACAGAUGGUGGGAAGAGGGUGGAUGGUUCUGUAAAGUCUCCUAGUUGACAUGAUCCUGUACUACCACCAUUAAAUUUAUGUUCUGGAGCUGGCUGCUCUGGUCCUGUUUCCCUCUUGACUCUUCUAAGGAAAGGCUGGUGUAGCUGGAAUCUCUCCCUACUCUAUGUAAGCAACCCUUCUUCUUUCAGCCCCAACUUCAAGGCUGAGGGAGGUGCACUACUUGUCUCUAAAUUUUGAUUUGAAUGCUACUUGAUUCGAUUUUUUCUUGUUUCUCAACAGUCCUGGGUCAAGUGUCUGAUUCCUAAAUUGCUGUCCCCUAUACCAUUCUGUGAUGUCCAUUCUUUUCAAAUGCCACUGCAAAACUGGAGGACACCACUCAUUUCUGGUCUCAAAACAUGGUUAAAAAUGCCAUAACUCCCCACUUAAACGGUCUCUGUCUCACCCCUCCAACAGAUCAGAUCCUCUGGCUCUCCUUGUCCUAAGAUACCUUUCCCUAGUUACUGAGUACAGGUUUAGGAGUGAAUUUUAAGAAACCCACUCCUUGCACUUCUACUAAACUUCUGAUGUCCUGAAAGUCUUCCUUCACCUCUCUCUCCACAUUCCAAGUGUUCUCUAGGGAUGAGGGUGGGAUACAGUAGAUUCCUCACUUUUGCAUCUUGGUCCUUGCCAUUCCCUGGCUUAGUACUGAAGAAAGUAAAAAAAUUCACCCCCGAAUUGAGGAUGCUGAGUACCAACCUGCAAAGGACUGCUGGAGGCAGGUUACAUCGAAUCAGAGUGAAUCUAGCCUGUGGGCAUCAGCAACACCAUUGCCCACUACUUGGAACUGGUGGUCUUUGAGGACUGUGGA